AUGGACAAAAUUCAGUCCAAGCUUCCUGAAGGCAAAGCUCAAGUUUUCCACAACCUUCAAACCGAUUUACCAGGUGAGCAGGACGAUGUAGCUGAACAAUACCAGACUGCAUACCACACUGUAACAGUAGAAGGAAUUUCUGUCCGGGAGAGUAGUGAAUCAAACAGUAGUGAACCAAACGGUACUGAAUCAAACAUUAGUAAAUCAAACAAUACUGAAUCAUACAGUACAUUAUCAGACAGUAAUGAAUCAAACUGUAGUGAACCAAACGGUACUGAAUCAGACAGUACUGAAUCAAACAGUAGUGAAUCAAACAAUACUGAAUCAAACAGGAGUGAAUCAAACAGUACUGAAUCAAACAGUAGUGAACCAAACGGUACUGAAUUAAACAGGAGUGAAUUAAACAGUAGUGAACCAAACGGUACUGAAUCAGACAGUACUGAAUCAAACAGUAGUGAACCAAACGAUACUGAAUUAAACAGGAGUGAAUCAAACAGUAGUGAAUCAAACAAUACUGAAUCAUACAGUACAUUAUCAGACAGUAGUGAAUCAAACAGUAGUGAACCAAACGGUACUGAAUCAGACAGUACUGAAUCAAACAGUACUGAAUCAGACAGUACUGAAUCAGACAGUACUGAAUCAAACAGUACUGAAUCAAACAGUAGUGAACCAAACGGUAUUGAAUUAAACAGGAGUGAAUCAAACAGUAGUGAAUCAAACAAUACUGAAUCAUACAGUACAUUAUCAGACAGUAGUGAAUCAAACAGUAGUGAACCAAACGGUACUGAAUCAGACAGUACUGAAUCAAACAGUACUGAAUCAGACAGUACUGAAUCAGACAGUACUGAAUCAAACAGUACUGAAUCAAACGGUAUUGAAUUAAACAGGAGUGAAUCAAACAGUAGUGAAUCAAACAAUACUGAAUCAUACAGUACAUUAUCAGACAGUAGUGAAUCAAACAGUAGUGAAUCAAACAAUACUGAAUCAUACAGUACAUUAUCAGACAGUAGUGAAUCAAACAGUAGUGAACCAAACGGUACUGAAUCAGACAGUACUGAAUCAAACAGUACUGAAUCAGACAGUACUGAAUCAGACAGUACAUUAUCAGACAGUACUGAAUCAAACAGUAGUGAAUCAAACGUUACUGAGUCAAACGUUAGUGAAUCAAUCAAUACUGAAUCAGACAGUACUGAAUCAAAUGGUACUGAAUCAGACAGUAGUGAAUCAAACAGUACUGAGUCAGUCGGUACUGAAUCAAACGCUAGGUCCAAUUUUUGAACCGUUCAUAUGAUUCCGCUGCUUUUCCAAACCAAACUUUGCCGUGACGAUCUCCAAAUGCAAAUCUCGUUUCAGCCAGUUUGCACGACUGCGCGUCCUUUUAGCUCUCCAAUCACAGUUCAUCCUACUAAAAGAAGCCAAACAACACUACGUGAAAAUCUCCAAGCACGUUGAGAAGAUGAAGGCUAGCUCUGACAUUUUUAGAUCCUCCUGCGUGUGGAUGCGUUUGACGUCCGUGUUUCAUCAGACUGACUCGAGGGUGCGUACGGGCUGCAUAAACACAGACAAACAUUAGGAAUCUAGCUUUUAUAUGAGACAGGGUACGUUCGAUGCGGCGAGCUAUUUAUUUUCGGACUUGUUUUAUUGCACGGCUUUAAGCCCGGCGAGGUUUGAUGUGUUUUUGUUUACUUCACCUGACAGGUUCAGCACUUUAGUAAUAGCGCAUGACGUGAUUUAAUAGUUUUUCCUCAGGAGCCGUUUGGAACCGCAGUGCCGUGCAUGUGUCGCCUCCCACAAAUUUGCCUAAACUGAUCCGAGAUUACGUUCACGUUGCUGGCGAAAAUCUCGCAAACUCGAUUUGUUUUUAAACAGGACGGACCGUCUGUCUUCAGCUCUACGUUCACAUCACAUUUCUGGAUUGAGGGGCAUUAAAAGGUUUUUAAAGGAACAUGUAGACUAAAUACUUAUGGCUUAAUACUCAAUAAUGACGUUCUAAGAAUGUGUACAAGACUUAUUUAUUAUGAGCAGACCUCUUAUGAUGUCACGAUGUCGGCCGAAGAAAGGGACUGUGCAUUAUACUGUAUUAGCAUUAUGUGGUUUCCGGUUUUUUUUCCCUUUUAAGAAGCAGAACUUCCUGUUUUCUAAUCGUAUGUGCUUUAAUUUAGUCAUCUUGUGUCUUCACAGUCGGGUCUCGGCACUGGAAUGAGCUGCACUAAAUGUAGUGUAAUGAUAGUCUGUCUUUUCAUUCUACAAUAGAAAACCUAAAUGACAUGUUACGCUUCUAAAACCUUUAAAAAGCCGCAGGCAUGUCAUUGAUGAAGGAUGUGUUUGUAGAAUUAAUCACUCCGCUCCCUUCUGCUAUUCCUGCGGGGUAGAAAAUCUGCCUCGGUUCUUUCGGCUGCUUCCUUUGCUUAGUUUUACAUCCCGUGUCGUCAUUUUUCUUUACGUUGCUGAAUGGAGCUUUGUUCCAAGUUCUGUAAAUAAAAAGUUUUGGAUAUUCA